GUGGAGCAAAUAAAGCAACUGCGACACAGAGCUCUGAGGAUUUAAACUUGAAUAACACUCUGCUUCUGCUUUUCUCUUGAAAUCAGGCAGAUGUUUAGAUAUGGUAGAAAUGUCGGGGAAAAUGCAGCUCGUUAAAUUCUCACGGGUUUUUCUGUGUCUCGUGGUUUUCAGGGAUCUUUGGCCAACAUAUUCAGAUGCAUUGGCUGUCUCACAAGGAAAACUCUUGCGCCCGACUUUAAUCACCACUGUUAGUGAUGCUAACUUGGUAUAUGAGUUUUUACUGAGAGGACUUGUGAUUGAUGAAGAUGACAAUGUUGGAAUGCAGGACGAAGAAAUGGCAUCAAUGGUUAAGGGUCGAGUUUUCUUAAACCUUAUAAAUGAUGACAUACCCAAAACGGUGCCAGCGAUGGAGGAACUGCUGGUCCUGAUUGAAGAGGAAGAGCAGUCCUUUGAACAGGAUCAUUUUCAGACACUCAUUCUGGGAAUCAUCUAUUCAGCAUACCAGGCUCGUGAGAAGAAGGAAGAAAGUCAGCAGCAGGCGUGGACAGGCGUCCUCGGGCGUCUGGCAAAUGCCACUCUGGUUCAGCUACGGAAAUCCUGAGAUAUAGCACAAAAUGCAAAAAUCAAUCAGAGCCCCUAGUAUUUUUUUUUUCCAUCACAUAUGCAUGAAAUAUAAUAUAAUCAAUGUUAAGAAAGAAGUCUUAUUUGUGUGUAAUCUUUGCUUUCUUUAAGUAAAUAUAAAUGGCAAGAUGGAGACUGAAGAA